CUGACCUAAUGAUGAGAUGAUCAAACUAAGAAUAAUACGAUUGAGUAUGUAACAUAAAUUCAAAAUAAGAGAGUAUGCACCUGUAAAAAUCUCCACAUUUACGGAAACUGAUUAUUGUUUUCAAUGAAAAUUGAAUAAUGGAUUGCAGAGAUUCACACACCAGUAUAAUUUGGUUAAUUUAUCUAGUACCAUAACCAUUAGGUGAUUUCUAGCAUAUAUGCCUUGGUUUAUGGUAUUCAUUUAAAUUUUGUCACGGGUAUGCAUUAUCAAACUUUUUAGCAAAUGCUAAUUUGUUUCUAAUUUGGAAUCGAAAGUUCUGUUAUUGGUUAAUAUUGUUAUUUCUAGUAUGGAUUCUCAAGAUUCUAGUACCCAUAAUGUGAUCUCUAGUAUGGAUUAUCAUACCUGAUUUUAUCAAGUGGUCGUACGUUCGAAUUUCAACGGCAUUUAAUAUUAACAGUUGAUUAAAACACAAGGUAUAAGAUACAAUUGACUUGUGCAAACUUCAAGUAUGUGAGUUGGCUUUCGCUUGAGAGGUGUGUAAGAGAGUAGUAUAAGCUUCAUAAAUAACAUUCUCCCACAACUCUGAGUUAUUGAGACUAGUUAGUUUAUGACAUAGACAAUUUUUCACCAUCCACCAAAACCUUAGAAUGGGUGGAUUUUAGCCAAAAAAUCAUCUAGUCCACUCAUUUGCCAUUUUUAGAUACUAUGAAUUUGCCAAUAUAUAAUUUUUUUCGUUGGUCGUUGGCUGCAAAGUUCGAAUCUAAACUGUGGUAGAUGUUUUCAUCCCCACAUUACCGUUACAUCAACUCCAACUUAAUUAAGAGAUUUUCUAGUAUGAACUAGGCAUUUUUUUAUCUUAGUUUUCUUUCAUAAGGAUUGGAUAUUGUUGUAUGGAUUAGUCAACUUGUCUUAUAGAUUAAGCAUGGUGUUUAAACCUCUAUUCAUGACUCUAAAUUGUCAAAUUAUUGGAACAUAUGAAGUUAACAUAUACUAAGCCGAUCCGUGAAGUUUUUUAGGUGAGACCGGUCAGUACAGUUUCGAACCUCAAAAGCGAUCUGUUGGGCAUGUGACUCGGAUCGCACCCCACGGCAGAAGCACUAAGGAGUCGCGCCAAGGUUAAGCGCGCGAGCCAAGCAGAAGCACUAAGGAGUCGCGCCAAGGUUAAGCGCGCGAGUCAAGCACACGAGUCACGCCGGAAUCAAGCGUGCAGGCAAAAGCCACCCCUGAAGAGGCUCGCGCAAACACUGAGCGACGACGCUUGGGACAGGCGUGGGCCCUUGUCGAGGAGUUGUAGAAGCGGCGCCGCGUCAUCCAACGGGUAGUCACCAUCACAGUCCUAGGUAUAGUCCUGCUAUGUCAGUAGUCACAUCAGGGUCCUAAAAGUAUGGUCUAAAUCCCUGACAUGUCAGUGGUCACAUCAUUGUGCCCACUUGUAACCCAACCACUCACCCACCAACAUGUAGCCUAUAAAUAUGGCAUUUACUCCGGUGGGUGAGGGGAUCGGAUUUUUCAGACUCUAUCUCUAAGAUCAUCAACUUCUCUCUCUAAGACGACUUCCAUUUCCCACUCUUUUCGUAAUCUCCGGAAUCUAUCUAUAACAAUCGUUCCUUCAUUGCUUACUCCUCUUGACCCAUUUUCACGAGCCUCCCUUCUACACCCAGUUAGGCUCAAACAAUUGGCGCCCACCGUGGGGCCAAGUAGAGAAGCAAAGAAAAUCAACCUAUGGCAGAGCAUAACUCCAACUCGCCUGACGAGUCAACCCCAAUCAAGGCGAUGACCAACCCAAGGGAAUUCGCGGAAGCCAGCAAUAUCAACGCGGUGCUCUUGGAAGAGGAAGAGCCCGAGCUCACAGCCAGAGAAAUGAGACAGCUGGUGGCGAAGCAGAACGACGUCAUAGCUAACAUGCAGAAACAAAUGAGCCAGGUCAUGGCGCUCAUGAUGAGCAGAGAGGCCGCGGCAACAGCGGGCGCGACACCAUCCGCGCCGGGGACUGUCACCCACCAAGUUGCCGCGAGAAGAGCAGGGACGCCGGCAGCUCACGCUGCCGCGGGAUCAGCUAGCGCAGCUGCACAGCGGACAUAAGCAACACCCCCCUCCCCCACAAGAGCAAGCGCAGCAAAGAAGAUCACCAGACAGGCGCGCACCCCACGCGUUUACACCGCUCAACGACUCCGUAAAGAACGUGUUCCACGUUCUACGCGAGAAGGGGUACAAGCUCAAUUGGCCCGCGCCCCUGAAGUCCUUGCCCCACAUGAGACAUCCAAAAAAGCAUUGCGACUUCCACAGGGCAACGGGGCACUGGACGGAGGAUUGCCGAGAGCUGCGCUACGAAAUAGAGGGCCUCAUAUGAC